AUGCAUGGAUCCCAAGGCCUACAGAGACACCCUAGUGGUGCCCCCAUGUAUCCUAACCAACACAGCAUUAGUACUAGUCAAGACCGCCAGUCUCAAAUGAGUGGUCCACACCAAUUUGGCCAGCCUCAUCCUGGGCCGUCCCCACUCAACUUGCUCAACAACGACUUGCCGCAGCACGACGAGUACUUCAGUGGACCGCGGCUGCUCAAUCCUGCAAUGCCAGGGGAAGACGGUGUAAAUGAGAACAUGGGAAGACCGUUGGGCAACAACAACCUACCAGAAACCCCAUUCAUCCCCAGGCACAAUGAGCAGCGUACACCUUCCCUGUCUAUGCACAGUGUCAAUAAUUAUAUGAACCCCCAGCCGGCCGGUACACCAUACCUUGGUCAUGGAAACUUGCACACUCCUUUCUCAUCAGGCAGUGAGCUGCAUUCUCACUCGCAGUCCUUGGCACCAGGUGGAGGCCACGACCCUGACUAUAAUCAGUUUGCACAACCUCAUCAAUCACACGGCGUGGGAACAUACCCAUACCAACACGGCGGCUUGCUUUUCCAGGACCAAACUGGAGACAUGCAGUACUCGGGUCCACAGGGUAGAACUGCCAGUGCCAGUGAAUUGCUGCAUCUGUCUGAAAGCAUACAACAGUUUUGUAGUAAUAUUACGACCUCAAACAAUGCACUUACAGCACAAGUGCAAUCACUUCAAGGCGAGAUGCAGGGUCUUAAGGGAGAGAUAGCGCAGUUGAAGGAGGAGUAUGAAUUGGGCAAGGCCACUGGAAAAAAGAAAGUGAUUACAAGGAACAUUUCGAAUGACCAUCCCAAGUUGAAAGUUAAUGAUCAUUCAUCCGAUGUUUCCAGACCUGUGCAACAUCUCUCGCCGUUGGAAUCUGGCGAGGCUUACAAAGAAGUCAACAUGAAAAAGAUUUGGUACCCAAAUUGGAAGGGUAACGUAGAUGAUGGGGUUAAUGCAGCGUUCAUUCAAGAAGUUGUCGAUCUAGUCUGGGAUAACGAAAAGCGAUUGCGUGAAGAUCCCAACUCGAAAUCUGAGAUACAAGAUGCUGACUAUGACCGCCAAUUGAUUACUGAUUGUACGAAGGCGUAUUUCCGCAACAUCUACAAGCAGUUUCUUGAACACCAUGAUAAUGAUAAGGCUAGAAAAGCUAUGGAGCAUAAGAAUCAAGGACGGCGGCGUUCACGUCGUCAAACAGUUACAAAAACUCAUCGAAAAGCAGUGGAGGCCUUUGAGAAGGAAUCUGGUCAUCAUGGUGUCCUGGCAAUGAUUGACACGGAUUUCGCAUCAGAUGUGUUGGAUGCUGAUGUGGGAAAGGGCGCUUUUAUGGUAGAGGGUGCACAAUGGAGAAGCCCUGACUUAGUGGCCCUCAGGCGUUGGUUGUCAUUCAAGAAGUGGAAGAAAGGUCCUGAUGACCACAUGAAUGAAGAGGCACCAGCACCCAAAUGCCGCAAAGUUGUCGAAAAGAAAGCCAUCAAAUCUACUUUUGAUCUUGCACCAAGUAAGAUGCACAGCGAACCACCAAUCUUGGGCAAAAAGACCAUUCCCUUCCGAUCUAUGGUUUCUGAGAAGUGGCUGAAGAAAAAUCCAGGUACUGUAUUGCUAGACGGUGGAGAAUGGCUGUGUGGAUUCUAUGGUCGGUUGAAGGAAGGUGAUAUCCACAAGGAUGAUGCAAAGUUUCUGGAGGAGCUUAACGAGUGGCAUGAGAAGGAUGAGUCGAGCAGUGAUGAAGAGGAUCUCCCUGUCACUGGCUCAUCCACCGGCAAUUAG